AUGUCUGUCCCAUUCACCCUCGACGCGCCAACAGCGCUGUGCAUCGCCUUCGCUCUAUCCCUAAUGCCCAUCGCGUUCGGCCUGGGCACGACCCUGAUCCCCUCCACGCACACUCGCAACCGCCUCCUCUUCUACUGGCACGCAUACGACGCCCUCACCCACAUCUUCAUCGAGGGCUCCUUCCUCUACGAAUGCUUCUUCAGCUUUACCACCCUCCCCGCCGGGUUCGGUCGCGAGCCGUUUUUUCUAGGCUACAAGGAUCGUGUGUACGGGGCUGCAUACGGGGAAGGGCCCAGUGCCCGUCUGUGGCAGGAAUAUGCUAAAGCUGACCACCGCUGGGCCGGCGCCGACGUGACGGUCAUCUCGUUGGAACUGUUGACGGUGUUUCUGGGCGGUCCGGCAGCUCUGUAUGUCUGCUACCUCCUGUGGAAGAGCUCGAGUGCUACGCGCUUCUCCGCCACAGAGAGAGGCUCAGCGAAAGCCCGGCUCUGGCUUGUGGCGCCGGCUCUGGCCACAGCAGAGCUGUACGGGGGGUUCAUGACCUUUGCCCCGGAGUGGUUGACCGGUAGCUCGCAGCUGGAAACGGGGAACCCGGUUUAUCUGUGGUUCUACCUCUUCUUCUUCAACACGCUGUGGGUGUUCAUUCCCCUCUGGGUCCUGUGGGAGGCUGCCAAGGAGCUCCGAGCUACUUUCGUCACCGCGGAGGAGAAGAAGACGAGAUGA